GCGUGAUAAGGCCUCCCCUCCGCGGCCCCUGCCCCGCUGCCCCCAUCCGCCCUCCGCUCCGGCCAUGUGGCCGCAGUUCGCCCCGCUGCGUUUGCCUCUCCGGCGCCGCCUCCAGACCGCCGCCGUCUUGCAGUGGGUCUUCUCCUUCCUGGCCAUGGCGCAGUGCUGCCUGGUGGCCUUCCUGGCGCUGGCGCUGGGCGAGGGCUGGGCGCUGGCCGCCCUCUACGCCGCCUGGCUCUACCUGGACUGGGACACGCCGGCCCGCGGGGGCCGCCGCUCGGCCUGGGUCCGCGGCUGGGCCGUCUGGCGCUACUUCCGCGACUACUUCCCCAUCAGGCUGGUGAAGACGGCGGAGCUGGAGCCCGGGCGCAACUACCUCUUCGGCUUCCACCCGCACGGCGUCCUGGUGGCCGGCGCCUUCGGGAACUUCUGCACCGAGGCGACGGGCUUCUCGGCGCUCUUCCCGGGCCUCACCCCGCACCUCCUCAUGCUGCCCUUCUGGUUCAAGGUGCCCUUCUUCCGCGACUACAUCAUGAGCGGCGGUGAGAGGCGGGCGGGCGGCCGGUGGGAGGGGGGUCCCGCCGGGGUCCCCCGUUUGCUCGACUCGCCUUUCUGCCUCCCUCCCUCUCGCCUCGCAGGCCUGGUCUCCUCCGAGAAGGCCAGCGUCUCGCACCUGCUGGGCUGCGAAGGCGGGGGCCAGGUGGCCGUGAUCGCCGUCGGGGGGCCGCCCGAAGCCCUGGAGGCCCGGCCGGGGGCCCUGACCCUCCGCGUCCGAGACCGCAAGGGCUUCAUCAAGAUGGCGCUGAGGCACGGGGCCGCUCUGGUGCCAGUCUUCUCAUUCGGGGAGAAUGAGCUCUUCUGCCAGGUCUCCAACCCGCGGGGCUCCUUCGUCCGCGCCGUCCAGGAGCGGCUCCAGCAUGCCAUGGGGCUGGCGCUGCCCCUCUUCCACGCCCGGGGGGUCUUCCAGUACAACUUCGGCCUCCUCCCUUUCCGAAGGCCCAUCCACACCGUGGUGGGAGCCCCCAUCCUUGUGCCCAAGACCCCCCACCCCUCCCGAGAGGCCAUCGAUGAGCUCCAUGCCGCCUACCUGCGCAAGCUGGUCCAGCUCUUUGAGGAGAACAAGGCCAAGUAUGGCGUGCCUGAGGACAAGCACCUGAUCCUGGCCUAAAGGUGGGGCAGGGGCCACAGACCCCCCCCAUCAGGGCCUGUAGGGACUUUGUGACGCGGAAAGGGCAGCGGGGGAUUGGGGCCACAUUGCACUUGCCCCUCCCUGGCAAGAGGAGGAGGAGGAGGAAGCCUGAGGAGGGGGCUGUCCACAGGGUGGAGGGCUGCAGGCCUGCUUAAAGCAAGGAGUGGUUGGGAGUUUAGGUCCCCCCUUAUAGACCUUGGGGGGGGGGGCAGGGUCAAUUUUUAAAGGUUGUUUUCUGGAGGGGGGACUUUUUCCAGUGCUGUAAACUACCCCCGCCACGCUCACUGCCACAGACCAGUGUUUUCCUUCUUUCUGCAGAAAUAAAUUGGAGUAUGAGCA